AGGUGGGCGGAGUGUAUACAAGGGAGAGAGGCGGAGGAGCCAAGGUGAGCUCGCUAGGCCGCAGCGAAGCCUCCCAGUUGGAGUGUACAGCGCUACCCGAACAUGGGUUAUGUGCUGUUGGCGGUGCGGAGUCGCCGUAUAGGCAUUGCUGGUUGCUGGAGCUCGGCUAUAAGAUAUGGAAGCGAGAUUGGUAAACGGUGUAACAGCAGUGCAUCACCGGGGAGGAUUUUACAGAACUUGCUGUGCCGAAGGUUAUCCCCUACCUGUCACGGAGUGAGCAGCUUCUUAAUAAAACAACAUCUCAUUCAAGACCCUGUGAGGAUCUGGAGGCUAUUAGGGGGAAUUAACUAUUUCAGUACAUCUAACUCAAAGAGGAAAGAAAAUAAAAAUGAAGGCUCAAAAGGGAAGACCCCAGAGGAGGACGAAGAGGAGAAAAAGCGUAGAGAACGUGAGGAUCAGAUGUAUCGGGAGAGGUUGCGAACUCUCUUCAUCAUUGCCGUCGUAAUGAGUUUACUUAAUUCCCUGAGCACCAGUGGGGGCAAUAUUUCUUGGAACGAUUUUGUAAACGAGAUGCUAGCCAAAGGCGAGGUGAUGCGGGUGCAAGUAGUCCCAGAAAGUGACAUUGUGGAGAUAUACUUAUAUCCUGGAGCUGUGGUGUUUGGGCGACCUCGCCUUGCCCUUAUGUAUAGGAUGCAAGUAGCCAACAUAGACAAGUUUGAGGAAAAGUUGCGAGCAGCAGAACAAGAACUGAAGAUUGACGUGAAAGAUCGUAUCCCUGUCUCCUACAAACGCACUGGAUUUUUUGGAAAUGCUCUGUAUGCCCUGGGAAUGGCAGCGGUUGGCGUUGGCAUCUUGUGGUACAUUUUCCGCUUGGCUGGGAUGGCAGGUCGAGAAGGAGGGUUCAGCGCCUUUAACCAGCUGAAGAUGGCUCGUUUUACCAUUGUGGACGGGAAGUCUGGGAAAGGAAUUAGCUUUAAGGAUGUUGCUGGGAUGCAUGAAGCCAAGAUGGAAGUUAAAGAGUUUGUGGAUUAUCUGAAGAGUCCUGAGCGCUACCUCCAACUUGGGGCGAAAGUACCUAAAGGAGCCUUGCUGCUUGGACCACCAGGUUGUGGGAAGACUCUCCUGGCAAAGGCUGUAGCAACAGAAGCUCAGGUUCCCUUCCUAGCAAUGGCCGGCUCAGAGUUUGUAGAAGUGAUUGGAGGUCUUGGAGCCGCACGUGUGCGCAGCCUCUUCAAAGAGGCUCGUAGCCGAGCACCCUGCAUUGUAUACAUUGAUGAAAUAGAUGCCGUUGGGAAGAAGCGGUCCACCAACAUGUCUGCAUUUUCAAACACGGAAGAAGAGCAGACCCUCAAUCAGCUUCUGGUGGAAAUGGAUGGAAUGGGUACUACAGAUCACGUUAUUGUGCUAGCCUCCACCAACCGUGCUGACAUAUUGGACAAUGCACUGAUGAGGCCAGGAAGACUGGACAGACACAUUUUUAUUGACCUUCCCACUCUACAGGAAAGGAGGGAGAUUUUUGAACAGCACUUAAAGAGUUUGAAACUGACUCAACCCGGAAGCUUCUAUUCCCAGCGUCUGGCAGAGCUAACACCAGGAUUCAGUGGGGCAGAUAUUGCAAAUAUUUGUAAUGAAGCUGCUUUGCAUGCUGCCCGGGAAGGAUACCAAUCCAUAGAUACCUUCAAUUUUGAAUAUGCAGUGGAGCGAGUGUUAGCAGGCACAGCCAAGAAGAGCAAAAUCAUGUCAAAGGAGGAGCGGCGAGUGGUGGCAUUUCAUGAGUCUGGGCAUACCCUGGUGGGCUGGCUUCUUGAGCACACUGAGGCAGUGAUGAAGGUUUCUAUUGCCCCUCGAACCAAUGCAGCGCUUGGAUUCACUCAGAUUCUGCCAAGGGAGAAGCAUUUAUUUACCAAGGAGCAACUGUGCGAGCGAAUGUGCAUGGCACUAGGGGGUAGAGUUGCGGAAGCCAUCACCUUUAACAAAAUCACCACUGGUAUCCAGGAUGAUCUGAGGAAGGUGACUCGGGUGGCAUACGCCAUGGUGAAACGUAUGGCAUGUGCCAGCAUUGGACAGAUAUCUUUCCCGGACAGUGAAUCCUCAUCUGGCAUAGGGAGACGACCAUUCAGUCAAGGGCUACAAGAUAUGAUGGACUAUGAAGCUCAGCGGUUGGUUUCAACAGCGUACAGACAGACAGAGAAACUGCUACUGGACAACAGGGACAAGUUACUGAUGUUGGCUAAUGCCUUAUUGGAAAAGGAAGUUAUAAACUACGAUGAUAUUGAGAUGCUUAUCGGCCCCUCUCCUCAUGGACCUAAAAAGAUGAUCGUCCCCCAAAGCUGGAUUGAGGCUGAGAAGGACAAACAAGAUAAAGGGGAAGAAGACUCACAAAAACCUCCACGACAAAGGGAGGAAGAGGAAGAAGAUGAGCCUAAUCUGAGACCUGUCUGAGAGAACCUUAGAGACACAUAAUGACUAAACAUAUGUCAGUAGAGCAAAUAUCAAGGGGUAUGAACUACUGCUUAUUUGGAACUAUUUGUUUAUCUCUUUCUAAGUUGUGUCAGCCAAAUUAUAUUAAGAUACAAUAAAUGUCAAAACAUCAGAAAAAAAACAUCAGAGCAAAAUCUACUAUUUUCUUAGUUUUCACCAGAAGAGUUUGUGAACAUAUCACCAGGUAUGAAACUUUAGGCAGAGAUUAUGUGAUCUUUAAAAUAUGUAAAUCAGGUUCUAAAUAGACUGUGGAUCACUUGGAAUUUGAUAUUCUGGUUAAUAUGCAGUGUGAAAUAAAGAGUUUCUAUAUUUAACGCUGCUUAUACCAUGUUGAAAACAUAAAUUGUUUAUUUAAAUAGUGAUCUUAAUUGUACUUAUGUAGCUACCAAAGAAACAGACAAGAGCUUUGUUAUGUGACAAUGUCAUACCAGUAAAACCUAUAUGUUCUCUUUUGAGGUGAGCAAUGCUUUGGUUAAUAAAAAAGGCUUUUGUAGAUAAUUCAUGUUUGCACAAAGUGCUGUGCUGAAAUAGUUAAUAUUCACCUUUGAAUUUAGACUGUAUUUUUGAAUUUGAAAAAUAUUCUCUAUGUCAGCUUGUAAAUAAACAUUGUGAAGUGUC